GCGGUGAUAACAAAACUUGAACCUACCAUGGCGUUUAUUUCAUGUUUAUCUCAUAUCAAAAUCUAUUUUGAGUACCACCACAUAAAUUGACAACACAGAAGCGUCUAGGCCGUCGUCUGGCCGUUCUUCACCGGAACAUGAAUUUAGCCCGAUUUUGAAACUGGCGUGAAAUGUUCGCAGUUAGAACUUUAAGCUUAGCAAGGAGAAAGUUUUUCUGCGUCCCCAGUGUGAAACCGAGGGAUAUUAGAUUCUUAUCGACUGAGAACCAUUCACCCAAAGGGCUCAGCGCUGUUAAGAAAUACGUCUUUUCAUCCUAUGUCGAGUUUAUCAAGAGCUAUGAGAACAAACUUGAAAAGAAGUUCCCUACGGCCAUCAGGGUAUACAAGAUAUUCAAAGUUGGAUUUCAGGACUUUUACCAAGACCUGAAGAUGUUUAUAAAAAUAAAAAGAAAAUUAACUUUUAACGAUAUAUCAUGUUUGACGAGAAAAGAGUUAGAACUGAAUCACCAAAUGCCGAUAGACAUGAUGAAAGUGGCUCCAGUUUUGCUAAUAUCGGCUUUACCUUUGGCCAAUUACGUUGCAUUCCCUAUAGCAUAUUUUUUUCCUCGACAUCUCCUGUCGAGACAGUUUUGGACUUUACAGCAGAGAGCUCGGUUUGCAGUGCUCGAACAGAAAAUAAAGCUGGCAAGUUACAAGCCUGUUUUUCGAUUCUUACAGGCGAAAAUGCACUUGAUUAAAGGGCAUCCCACGAAACCGGUAUGGAAGCAAUGUAUUGCACAGCUUGGCAGUGGUUUACAUCCGAAUUCAGAGAAAAUACAUGAAAGUCAGAUCCUCUUUUGCAACGGGGAAGUUUACGAUAUUGAUUGUUUAAGUCCUAGGCAUAUUCGAUCACUUCUUAAAAUGCACAACAUGCAUUUAGGGCUGAGAAGAAGGAAAAGGCUGAUUGAAAGGGCCAGGUUGAUAGUUUAUUUGGACAAAGCCAUUAUAAAUGAGGGCGGUGUCAAUUCACUACCAUACGAAGACGUCAGAAAAGCGUGUUUUUUCAGGGGCUUGAAUCCGACGAACAUGAACUCAGAAGAUACGGUCAUAUGGCUGAACGAAUGGAUCCAGCUGACGACCAGGAUGAAAGACGAAAAUUGGUCGUACGUUCUCCAUCUUCCAAUUCUAAUGGCGUACAAUCAUCCUUCUAAUUGGGUGUUGAUUCAUUGAUUCUGUAACUUGUUAACCAAUUGAUUAUACUGUGAUAAUAUAUUAUACAAUUCACAUCAAUUUUGUUUUAUUUGAUGUCAAUUUUAGUCAGUUGUACAAUUUUUGUUUUGUAGUUAAACAUUUGUUUUUGAAAGACGAUUAGUUCCUUUUGAUUGUUAUUGCUUUGUGUUUAAUGUAAUAAAGUUACCAAAUCUUGAAAA